UAAGCUAACGAUUAUAAAUUCAAGGGCUUUUAAUUUUGAAUUUUUAAAAGGACAUGAUUUGUUGUAGAUGCCAAGUUAUAUGAAUAAAUUAUGUGUAGUAAAAUACAUCUCAAGAAGGACCCUUAAGCCGAAUCAAAAUAGAAGCCAUCAAAUAUGUUUUUCUUAAAGUUACGUUUCGGGUAAGCUGACUUCGGGAGGCCAUAACCUCUUUAUAAUUUGAGAAUUUGGGAAAACUCUCAACAUGAAAGUUGUAGAUAAUUGAAAUAUCUUUCCAACCAUAGGUCGUGGGACGAAAUGUGAUAUCGGAGUAAUAAGAUAUAGACGUUUUAAAUCUGACAGGCCAAACUAAAUAGUGAAUUCGGCCCAACCCAAUUCUAAUUCGGGUCAGGCCCAAUACCCACAAAAUUAAAUCUGAUUUUUUGUAACUAUUCCUUCAUACAAAGAUCAACAUAAUUCUGGAAAUUUCCAAAGAGAGAGAGAAAGGGAGUUCUUGAGAAAAAUCCCAAAUCCGACCAAAAUUAAGUCCCGAAAUCCGAAGCUCAUGAAGAGAAAAUUGUUGUACGUCGUGUUGGCUUCAAUUUGAGCUAGAAAUCAACCAAUAAGGAGAAGAUUUUAUGUGGUGCUGCAAAUUCAAGGUUGAGACAAUAUUGGACAACGUAUACGUAUAAACGCUAAAGGUACAGAUACUUAUUUUGGAGAGCCGCCACCUUAGGAUUCUACUCAACGGGUUGAAGUGCUCCAUUGUCUCGGAGCCUAAACUUUUGCGAUGCCUCCAAGAAAAGCGACAGCUGCCCAAAAGGGAAAGUCAGUAGUAGGAGAGACUAGUCGGACCCCGAGGAUUACUAGGGCCCGUGCCCAGUCUAUGCCUGAGGUUGUGCUCCAGUCGGCGAGCUCUACUACACCGCCAUAUGAGGAGAGAGAAGCAGCAACUGACACUAUGGAUCGGGGGGUUGCUUCACCGCCAGCUCCAGAGGCUCCAGUACCUGAGCCUCCAGCUCUUCAGCCAGGGGCAGAGGACAGGGCUAUGAGAGAUGCAGUUCAGUUGCUGACCAGAAUAGCGACAGGGCAGGCUCGCAGGCAUGGGUUAGGGGUUGACUAUGCUGAUAGACAUGAUAGUUUAAGGGCUCGUGAUUUCUUGACUUGUAAUCCUCCAGAGUUCUAUGGGUCAAGGCCCGGGGAUGACCCGCAGGAGUUUAUCCGACAGGUGCAGCGUACGUUGAGAAUAAUUAAGGCUUCUGAGACAGAGUCUGUUGAGUUAGCUUCCUAUCGGCUGCGUGAUGUAGCUGUUAAUUGGUAUGAGUCAUGGGAGUUAUCUAGGGGCGAGGGUGCUCCUCCAGCGGUGUGGGGUGAAUUUGUGGAGGCCUUCCUUGGCCACUUUCUACCUCCAGAGAUGAGACGAGCCAGAGUAGACAGGUUUUUACAAUUGAGGCAGAAUGGCAGGAGCAUCAGAGAUUAUAGCCUUGAGUUUGACUCGUUGGCGAGACAUGCACCAGCUAUUGUAGCUGACAUGGCUGAUAGAGUGCAUCGGUAUGUGAUGGGGCUGGAUCGUUAUUUGAUUGAUAGCUGUAUGGCAAUGGCUUCUCAGCCAGGUAUGGACAUUGCCCGGGUACAGGCAUAUGCACAAGGGGUAGAAGAUCGGCACAGAGGGCGUCAGCCCGAUAGAGAUCAUGAUAGAGGCCAGCGUAAAAGAGCUAGAUCGGCUAGUUAUUCUGGGGAAUUUCAAGGCGGGCAGCCUCAGCAGUACAGUAGAUAUCCUUCUCAGCCAGCCCGGAGUGCACCCCCACAAUUCAAAGGUAGUAGAUUCGAUAGCACAGGGUAUUCAGGAUCCGGUCAAAGCUCCAGGGUUUCAAGUUCACAGAUAAACAGGGGUUCGCGUCAAUCGAGACCACCUUUGCCUCGGUGUCCUCGUUGUGGUAGGUCACAUUUUGGAGAAUGUCGUUUUUCUACAGGUGCAUGCUUUACUUGCGGCCGUCAAGGCCAUAUUAUGAGGGAGUGUCCAUUUAGGGGUAAUUUAAGUGGUGCAGCUCAGCCUACUGGGUCAGUUGUUGGCUCAUCUUCUUCUGUAGCUAUGCGCCCUGUGGGGCAGGGUAUUCAGUUAACAGCAGGCCGUGGUAGAGGCCGUGGUGGAUCUUUCAGUUCUAGCGGUCCUUCGAACCGCAUAUAUGCCUUGGCUAGUAGACAGGACCAGGAGGCGUCGCCAAAUGUAGUUACAGGUACAGAUACUUAUUUUGGAGAGCCGCCACCUUAGGAUUCUACUCAACGGGUUGAAGUGCUCCAUUGUCUCGGAGCCUAAACUUUUGGUACUAAUCCUUAUAAUGUAUAUAUUUGUGUAUUUUGGGGGUACGGCGGGGCCCUGUCUCGUCAUAUGCUAUUGUUAAUCCUCUUAGAGGUCUGUAGACACAUGAGUGGGUUGUAUGUAGAUAUUGUCUGAUGUACUAGUAUGGCAUAUGUUUUUGGACAUUUACAUUCGGAGUGAAAGCCUUGUCGGCUUACGUAUUAUGUUAUCUUAUUUUUGACAAUUAAGACUCCCCAAGAAAUAGCUAAUUUUGGUAUAUAUAUAAGUGACAGUUUGAGACAA